AUGCGGGGAAAUAAUAUCUUCUUCGGAAUUUGGCUUACAAUAGCUAGCCUCGCUAGGGCAAUUCACAAUCCGAUCAUAUCAGGAUGGAAUCCCGAUCCCUCUAUUCUUCGAGUUCAAGAUGACUACUAUAUCGCCACAUCCAGCUUCGAAUAUUUUCCUGGAAUUCCCAUCUACAAAAGUCGUGACUUGUCCAAUUGGUCACUAAUAUCACAUGCUUUUACGCGACCUGACCAACUACAGCUCUAUGGCACACCCACAGGAGCAGGAGCCUGGGCACCUUCAUUGGCUCAUUUUGACGGAAAAUUCUGGAUUGCUUCUAUGACGCGCUGGACAUACGAUCCAGUCGCCCGAGUGUGGCCACGCGUAUUCUUUGCGUCGUCUGUCGACUUGAUUCACUGGUCUGAGCCUACUUGGGCUGAUCCAUGGGGCAUUGACCCAGAACUGUUCAGAGAUCCCGUUUCGAAAAAGACAUACCUGAGUCUUAUGGCACCGAAUAACAACCAAGACCGACUCUGGGGCAUUUACCAGUGUGAGAUCAGUCUGAAAGACGGGAACUGUGGAACUGAUGACCUGCACCGCUCGACUAUUGCCAGGAGCAGGUCGGCGGAAGGCCCCUUCAAGGCUGGGCCAAACAAUCCUCUUCUGUUCAAUGGGGCGUAUGGUUUCGAUAAUCUGACGGUGCAAUCGACGGGACAUGCUACGAUGGUAGAAACCCCAUCGGGUAAAUGGUAUGCAGCUUUCUUGGCUCGAAGGAAGAUAAAUGGAAGCUCUCCACUGGGACGAGAAACUUUUCUCACAAGUGUCACCUGGAAAGAUGGAUGGCCAAUAUUCAACGACGGGAAACCAAUUCUGCUGAGUGAAGAAGUUGGGCCGGUAACUGGCAAGCGCCGCAUUCCGCCUCCAUUCGUGGACGAUUUUUCUUCUCAAACACUGGAUUCUGAGUGGUACCAGCUGAGGACUCCGUAUACUCGGAACUUCAAGGUGCACAAAGGUAGUAUCGAGUUGAGGCCAAAUGUGUUCAGCCUUAGCGAUAGGGACACACCCGCGGCGCUGCUCCGAAAGCAGAAAUCCCUCAAUAUGACGUUUUCCGCAGAGUUAUUGGGCUUCAAUAAGACAUUGGGUUCAAAAAACCAGGUCGGGAUCUCUUCGUAUCUCUCCGAGUUUCAGCAUCAGGACAUUGGUGUCACUGGGUGCGCGAACACCACAGGGCUUUGCAUAUAUACGGAGCUUUGGCAGAACCAAACAUCGCAGUAUCAUCAAAUUCCCCUCAACACCACAAGGUUGACGGAGCCCCUCGUGUUACACAUUCGCGCCACUCCGCUACUUUACCAACUUGGAUACAGUUUAGGUAAUGCGCUUCAGCCAAACUACAUAGCGGAGAUUGCUUCGUCAUGGCAAGCAUUCGCACCAACAAACUAUUUUGUUUUCUCGGGCGCGUCAUUUGCCAUUUUUGCGACAGGACUUGGAGAACCUUGGCCGUAUGAUGGGCCAGUCGUGGGGUUUAAGAGAGUCGCUGAGACAUACUUUGAGGAGAAUAUCCCGGAUCACGACAUCUGGGAUAAGCAGCAGCCAGUUGGAACUUGCACCUAG